AUGUCUCAUUUUAAAUUAAUAUCUUCAACAAAAGCUUCUGAUGUAAUACCUGUUAAUAAGUAUGUAUCCGAAAAAACUGGAUUGACGGUAAUAAUAGCAAACGUCGAGGGUCCUUUAGUUAAUGGAUUUUUUUGUCUUGCUACAGAAGCCCACGAUGACGAUGGCUUACCGCAUACAUUGGAGCACCUUAUAUUUUUGGGUUCAGAACGUUACCCUUACAAGGGGAUCUUAGAUUUGUUGGCCAACAGAUGUAUGGCGCAUGGCACUAACGCAUGGACAGAUACAGAUCACACUUGUUACACCAUCUACACAGCGGGUGAUGCUGGUAUGCUGACAUUAUUGCCUAUUUACCUUGAUCAUAUCUUGAGGCCUACCCUUACUGACCAGGGCUUCAUAACUGAAGUCCAUCACAUUGAUGGCGAUGGAGAAGAUGCCGGUGUUGUAUAUUGUGAAAUGCAAGGACGAGAGAAUACAGCAGAUAGCAGAUGUGACCUGAGAUUACUCCGUGCAAUAUACCCAAAUAAUGGAUAUUCUGCUGAAACUGGGGGUAUUAUGGAAAACUUGAGAAUUUCUACAAACAACACUAAGGUGCGAGAUUAUCACAAAAAAUUCUAUAGAGCUGAAAACUUAACAAUCAUAUUAACAGGGCAGAUUGAGGCAGAAGAUGUUUUUAAAGCACUUGCUACGGUGGAGGAUGACAUCAUUGCAAAGAGGGAGCAAGAGCCUCAAGAAGCAUGGGUAAAGCCAUGGCAAACAAUCCCUCCACCACCCACCUACGGGGAGCUGAGGGAACAAUGGCCUGCUGACACAGAAGAUUGUGGGCAGGUGAUAUUCGGGUGGCGCGGGCCGCUGCUGACGGAGGCCUCGUCGCAGAAGGAGCUGACGGGGUGCGCCGUGCUGCUGCGCUACCUGUGCGACACGGCCGCCGCGCCGCUGCAGCGCGCCCUCGUCGAGCGGGAGGACGCGCUCGCGGGCGAUGUGUCAUACAACAUAAGAGAAAAUUUAGCGACUCUCAUCAAGAUAGAACUCGACAAUGUGCCCAUAGACAAGUUAGAGAUCGCUCGCGAUGAGGCCCAGAAGUGCUUGAAGAGCAUAAUUUCCGGUGAAGAAAUUAUCGACAUGGAACGGAUGAUACGGCUGUUGAAGAAACAGCUGAGGGAGAGCAUGGCCAGCCUCGAGUCGGACCCGCAUCACGCCGUUGCCUUCAGGUGUAUUGGUGAUGCGCUCUACUCACAGAAUGAACAAGAUUUCAUCUCUCGUGUAAAUCCUCAACUCACUCUACACGAGCUAUUAGAAGAACACGCGGAAUACUGGCUCAGAUUGAUGCAAAAGUAUUUCACUGAUGACGUUGUAACAAUCAUCGGUUCUCCAAGCAUCGAACUGCAGACCAAAAUGGCUGAAGAAGAAAAAAAGAGGAUAGAAGAACAAAGAGCGCAAUUAGGUGAAAAAGGUUUAGCUGAGAAGGCGAAGCAACUGGAGGAGGCGAUGGAGUUUAAUGAUCGGCCUCCGCCGGCGGGCACGCUGGCGGCGGUGCCGGUGCCGUCGUGCGAGCGCCUGCGCUGCCACGCGCUGCGCAGCUGGUGCUCGGGCGAGCCCUGCGCGCUGUUCGACCUGAGCGCCGUGCCGCUCUACACGAGGCUGCACUCGCUUAGCACUAACUUUGUCUAUAUAAACCUAAUCCUGGACACGUCACAAGUGGACCAAGUGACGCGCAAGUGGCUGCCGCUGCAGCUGGACGCGCUGGCGGAGUGCCCGGUGCGGCGCGGCGGCGCGCUCGUGCCGCACGAGGACGUCAUCUCCGCCACCGAGCAGCUCACCGUCACCUUCUCCAGCGACAUCGGCUUCGACCGCCCCGGCAACUUCUCUGUUGGACAGUUUGGGAACUUCGUUCAUAUUGAGACUAGGUGUGAACCAGCGGACUAUGAAAAAGUAGUAGAUCAUCUAUAUGAAGUACUCUACAUGUCGGAGAUAACAAAAGAGCGACUGCUAGUGUUUGCUCAGAGACUGCUCAAUGACGUAGCUCAGGUAAGAAGAAACGGUCACAAAAUGGCAUACGAUAUCCUCCGAGACUCUUUGUACAGUGAAGACAGCAACAUGCACUGGUGUUCUGUUCUUAGACAACAAAAAUUCCUCAAAGAUCUCAUAGAGCAGUUAAAUGCAGGCGGUGACUCCGCAGAGGCAGCUAUUAAGGAAGCUAAGCAGACUUUGAAAAAUAUAACACAAAAUCCCUGGCUUCAUCUUGCUACGGACUUAGAGCGGUACAAGUUGAGUGCAGAACCGUGGAAGAAGUUUGCUAGAGAUAAUCAAGAUAAGCCUAAAGAGCCCCAGCUGUACUGGGACGCGGAGCUGAUGUCGGGCGCGGGCGCGGGCGCGGGCGGCGGCGCCGUGGUGGGCGUGGGCGGCGUGGAGUCGUGCUUCGUGGUGCAGGCGGGCGCCGGCCCGCGCGGCUACACGCUGCCGCUCGCCGCGCCGCUCGCCGUCGCGCUCAACUACUUCACGCAGCUCGAGGGUCCGAUGUGGCGUCACAUCCGCGGCUGCGGGCUGGCGUACAGCUACGGCGUGCGGCCCGCGCCCGCCGAGGCGCGCCUCGUGUUCUCGCUGUACCGCGCCACCAACGCCGUCGCCGCCUACACUAAAGCCAAGAGCAUUGUGGAAGAGUAUCUAGCAGAUGGCAAGUUCGAUGAGGACCUUUUCGCUUCAGCGAAGAGUACUGCACUGUUCGAAGUGGUUGAGAACGAGAAGUGUCCCGCCGACGUCGUGAAGCAGUCGCUCGUCAACUACGUGAGGCGUGCCGGGGAGACUUACAACAAGGAUCUAGUGUGCGCGAUCGCAGCGGUGACGGCCGGCGAGGCGCACGCGGCGGCGGCGCGCUGGCUGCCGGGCCUGUUCGCCGCGCGCGCCCGCGCCGCCGUCGUGUGCCACCCCGGCAAGGUGGCCGACCUGCAGGCCGCCUUCCGCAAGAUUAAUAUCGAGUUGGAUGCUUACGAGUCCAUGGAAGCAUCACCUUUUAAUAAA